UCAUCAUGAAUACAAAAAAGCAAGAUCUCUUUGGUUUAGAAAACGACAGUGAAAACGAAGUUAGUGCUCACUCUUCUGAUGAAGAAGAACAGCAAGAUUCUCGGUUUUCAGCAGCACGUCUUCAAGCAUUCAGUAGUGAUGAAGAAGGCAGUGAUGCUAGUGACAACGAUGAAGACAACGACGACAACGACGACAAUGAAGGCAAUGAAAAAGAUGACCAGGCAUUAGAAAACAGCAAAAAAGAACAAGAAGAAGAUAUCGAUCGAGAUUUUGAAGACGAUGAAGGCUAUGAUGCCCCCAAAGAUCUCAGCGAGUUUGGUAUUGAAGAAAAGAAAAAGAGCAAGAAAUCAAAGAAAGUCAAGAGUUUGACACCAGAAGAACUUGAAAAGUUUGAAAAAGCACGCAAAAAGACAGGUGUUUGUUAUUUAUCCCGUAUCCCCUUGUUUAUGAAACCUGGUCAACUUCGUACACAUUUAGCUAAAUAUGCUGACAUCGGGCGUAUUUACUUGGUGCCAGAAGAUCCAAAGAUUACGGCACGUCGUAAGAAAUACACAAAGAACAGAAGAACCAAUUUUAUUGAAGGAUGGGUGGAAUUCAAAGACAAAAAGAUAGCCAAGUCAUUAGCAGAGUAUUUAAACAUGAGACAGAUUGGUGGUAAACGCAAGAGUAUGUUUUAUCAUGAGACAUGGAAUAUCAAAUACCUGCCUAAGUUCAAGUGGAACCAUUUGACUGAACAUAUGGCUCAUGAAAGACAAGCACGUCAACAACGUCUUCGUAAUGAAAUUGCACAAUCCAAUAGAGAAAACAAAGCCUAUAUACAAAAUGUGGAGAAGGCUAAAAUGUUACAAAGCAUGGAAGAAAAGAAACGUAAACGACAAGGAAGCGAACAAGAACAAGAGGAACCCAAGAUUAAGCGCACAUUUGCACAAAGAAGCAAAGUGGAACGCGAAGUGGAUCCUUCAAGAUCUGGUAAAGAAAGUAUUCAAAAGAUGGAUCAUCAACUUAAGGGCGUCUUGACCAAUCUUUUUGCAAAGAAAUAAAUUAAAAACUCAGUUUUAUGCAGUUUCUAUUA